CACUUGUUGCCAUGAUGACACGCGCCGCCUCGAGAUGGCCAUCGCCAAGCCCACACCUGACGACACGCGCCGCCUCGACACGGCCGUCGGCCACCUGCGCGGCUGA